CGCGACCCGGAAGUGGGCGUGUGGCGGUGCGGUGAGCGAGUAAGCAGGCCCUCGGCGUUGGAAUGGUGCGUUCCUAAGAUGUGUGGUUGCUGACUGUCUCCAGAUGCAGAGGUGCCUGUAUCCCUGGCACAGGCAGGUCCUGAGCUGUAGUUGGAGUAGAUUGUGCCUUCUAAAGCGAUACCUAUUUACAAUGAAGUUGCAGUCUCCAGAAUUCCAGUCGCUUUUCACAGAAGGGUUAAAGAGCCUGACAGAAUUAUUUGCCAAAGAGAAUCAUGAAUUAAGAAUAGCAGGAGGAGCAGUGAGGGAUUUACUAAAUGGGGUGAAGCCUCAGGAUGUGGAUUUCGCCACCACUGCCACCCCUACUCAGAUGAAGGAGAUGUUCCAGUCAGCUGGCGUUCGCAUGAUAAACAACAAAGGAGAGAAGCAUGGGACGAUCACUGCCAGGCUUCAUGAAGAAAAUUUUGAAGUUACUACACUCCGGAUUGAUGUUACCACUGAUGGAAGGCAUGCUGAGGUAGAAUUCACAACUGACUGGCAGAAAGAUGCUGAACGAAGAGAUCUCACCAUAAAUUCCAUGUUUUUAGGUUUUGAUGGUACCUUGUUUGAUUAUUUUAAUGGUUAUGCAGAUUUAAAAAAUAAAAAAGUUCGAUUUGUUGGACAUGCUAAACAGAGAAUUCAAGAAGAUUAUCUUCGCAUUUUAAGAUACUUCAGGUUUUAUGGCAGAAUUGUCGACAAACCUGGUGAGCAUGACCAUGAGACUCUAGAAGCAAUUGCAGAAAAUGCCAAAGGUUUGGCUGGAAUAUCAGGAGAGAGGAUUUGGGUAGAACUGAAGAAAAUUCUUACUGGUGACCAUGUAAACCAUUUGAUCCAUCUGAUCUAUGAUCUUGGUGUGGCUCCUCACAUAGGUUUACCUGCUAAUGCAAAUUUAGAAGAAUUUAACAAAGUCAGUAAAAAUGUUGAAGGCUUUUCACCAAAACCAAUGACUCUUUUGGCCUCUUUAUUCAAAGUACAAGAUGAUGUCACAAAACUGGAUUUGAGAUUGAAAAUUUCAAAAGAAGAGAAAAACUUGGGUUUAUUUAUAGUUAAAAACAGAAAAGACUUGAUUAAAGCAACAGAUAGUUCAGAACCAUUGAAACCAUAUCAAGACUUCGUUAUAGAUUCAAGGGAACCAGACGCAACUGCCCGUGUCUGUGAGCUGCUCAAGUACCAAGGAGAACAUGGCCUGCUCAAGGAGAUGCAGCAGUGGUCUGUCCCGCCCUUCCCUGUGAGUGGACAUGACAUCAGGAAAGUGGGCAUUUCUUCAGGGAAGGAAAUCGGGGCCCUGUUGCAGCAGUUGCGCGAACAGUGGAAGAAAAGUGGUUACCAAAUGGAAAAGGAUGAACUUCUAAGUCACAUAAAGAAGACCUAAAAUGAGCUCCCCAGGAAAUAGGAACGUCUUGAAGCUUCACUUAAGACUAAAUGAAGAGUCAACAAAAAAACUGAACACAACUGUAUUACCCAGGAAACCAGCUGUGUACUGUAGAAGGUCGACCUAUCAGAUUCAGGUUGGAAGCUUUAUACACUGUCAGUGUCUCAUGUACAUAUCCAUGAGGAUUCACAUAUGCUGCCAUUGGACCACAUAAGGACAAACUGUAACAAAGAAGCAAUAUGGAGAAUAAGAGAAUGAAAAGAAAAACAGUAAUUCUAAUUUUUUCCUUCUUCGGGGUAUUUUUUUUUUUUUAAUUUUUGAAUUUUGUGUCAGAUAUAAGUACAGGAAUACAGGAGGUUGGCAGAUCAUCUUUAGACAGUUGGCUGCCUUGCAGACAUCAGUUUCCUUAUUUUCUUGAUUUACUGUCUUGUUUUAUAAUUCUAAUGAAUUCAUCAAAGUGUUAAACUGCUGUAUCACAGUGUUAGCACAUGUUCAGAGACAUGCCCUGUUUUGGUUCUGUUUAGCGUAACUAGUUGAAAGAUAAUGCUUGAAGCACUCAUUAUGUAAGAAAAUAAAAUAUUAAACAGAAAUUGAGGAAAAACAUAUUGUAUAGACAUUGUGGAUAUUUCCAGCCUGGGAGACAGCCUUACCCCAGACCUGUGCUUAUUUUCUUAAUUGAGUAUAUUUUUUAGGCACUAGAGGAAAAAUUCUGUAAGUUAGAAAUGUAUUGAGAGGGGUAUACUAAAUGUAAUAAAGAUCUUACCUAAAUAUUUCA